CUUCUGUGCUCCCCAAGCACAGAUGGGGAAGGUGAGGCCGGCCCGGCAGGCCAGGCCACCAGGAUCCUCCUGAGCCAAUGCUGUGCCCGCACACCCACAAGGGACCUGUGUCAGCAGGUUAAAAACGGAAACGGGUCGGGCUCUUUCUUUUUUUUUUUUUUUUCCUUUGAGAAAAUCCUAGGCCCAAAUAAGGCGAGGGCUGCGGGGAGGCUGGUGAGCUGGCCAAGUCCUCCUGAGCAAGCGAGUGGCGGCCGGCCCGGCGGCCUGGGCUUGGGCCUCCUCCAGGACUCGCCCGGCAGCGGGGCGGUGCGCCCGGAGCCUAUAAGGGCCUCGCCCCCGCCGGGCCGCUCAGUCCCGACCCGCAGCGCAGCCCCCACCCCGCAGAGUCCUCUGUGCCUGCACCAGCUGCCCAGCCAUGGAGGCCAUCAAGAAGAAGAUGCAGAUGCUUAAGCUGGACAAGGAGAACGCCAUCGACCGCGCCGAGCAGGCCGAGUCGGACAAGAAAGCCGCGGAGGAGAAGUGCAAGCAGGUGGAAGAGGAGCUGACGCACCUCCAGAAGAAGCUGAAGGGGACGGAGGAUGAGUUGGACAAAUACUCCGAGAACCUGAAGGACGCACAGGAGAAGCUGGAGCUGACGGAGAAGAAAGCCUCCGACGCCGAAGGGGAUGUGGCCGCUCUCAAUCGACGCAUCCAGCUUGUUGAGGAGGAGCUGGACAGGGCUCAGGAGCGACUGGCCACAGCCCUGCAGAAGCUGGAGGAGGCAGAAAAGGCCGCGGAUGAGAGUGAGAGAGGAAUGAAGGUGAUAGAAAACCGGGCCAUGAAAGAUGAAGAAAAGAUGGAAAUCCAGGAGAUGCAGCUCAAAGAGGCCAAGCACAUUGCCGAGGAGGCCGACCGCAAGUACGAGGAGGUGGCUCGUAAAUUGGUCAUCCUGGAGGGUGAGCUGGAAAGGGCAGAGGAGCGCGCAGAGGUGUCCGAACUAAAAUGUGGUGACCUGGAAGAAGAACUCAAGAACGUCACGAACAAUCUGAAAUCACUCGAGGCUGCCUCUGAGAAGUAUUCUGAAAAGGAGGAUAAAUACGAAGAAGAAAUUAAACUUUUGUCCGACAAACUGAAAGAGGCUGAGACCCGUGCUGAAUUUGCAGAGAGAACGGUUGCAAAACUGGAAAAGACGAUUGAUGACCUGGAAGAAAAACUUGCCCAGGCCAAAGAAGAGAAUGUGGGCUUACAUCAGACACUGGAUCAGACACUAAACGAACUUAACUGUAUAUAACCAAAACAGAAGAGUCUUGUUCCAACAGAAACUCCAGAGCUCUGUGUCUUUCUCUUCUCUUGUAAGAAGUUUCUUUUGCUAUUGAAAUCUUCGCUUUGCUGGAAAUGUCAAGCAAAUUAUGAGUACGUGACCAAAUAUUUUGUAUCAGAGAAGCUUUGAGCACCCCGUUAAAUCUCAUUCCUUCCUUUUUUCAAAUGGCACCAGCUUUUUCAGCUCUAUUUUUAUCUUUAAGUUGCAUUUAUUCAUAAGGUAGGCAGGGUAUUUCAUACUGAGCAUACGCCUAUAGAGACUGAGGGCGUUUGGUUCCUGGGAGAAUAGACAACCUUAUACUUUUCAAAAACCAACUCCAGUGUCUAGUCACAGGUAAACUUAAAAGGCCGCAGAAUGCAUAACCUUCUGGGCCACUGUUGGUCACACGACAGGUAGCCAGGGACCAUCCCAUUAAAAUGGGUAGGGAUUUUCCAUCCAGAGCAUAACAAAAGGGAGGAGGGGGAAGAGGGCUUGCCUUGUGGGAAGUCAUAAACCAUAGAUCAACCUCAUCAUCCUGGCUCUUUCCCACACACCGCCAUGCAGAACAAACAUCCUCUGGGCAGGUAGCAUGAGAAUGCUUGGGAAAUCAUCGUAAUAAUUACCCAGAUAUUUUCUGGAUAGAUCCUAUGUUCCUCUACAGGUUUCUUUUCAUUCUGAAGUUCUCUGAGGAGCAGAUCUCUUAUUCCAAUAAUGACCCAUGCUUGUCUGCUCUGAUCUGAGACCAUCUGCUUAGCAGGAAUGAAUGUGGCAGAAUUCAGUCUCAUUCAGAGAAGUCCUAUCAAAAAGACUGCGAGCCAUCAAUAAUUGAGCAAUGCUGACAACUACUGGGCAGAAGGCCCCUCUCUGACAGCAAAGUACAGAUAGAGCAAUGGGCCUCGCUUCCUCUCCUGUGUACUUCCGGGAAUAGCAAACUGAAGAUUUACUUAUGUAGGACUUUAAUUCCUUCUUCAGGACCAAGUUAAUGAAAGACCAAGAAACUCCUGAUUAAACUGGAUAUGGAGCAUUUUGUAGGCACAGCUGCAUUUUGGCUUUGUUGUCUUUCUGCUUUCUGGGGUAACAUCUCAGAGCUGAAACAUUCCACAUUCCCCAGCAGUGUGGGGGCCAACUCAAGUUUACAAUUCUGACAAAAUCACCCUGCUUCUAGCUUAUCCAAAUUCUCUGCCCCUCACUCCUAUUUAUUAAGCAUCACACUACCCAGAAGGUACACUAGCAAAUUGUGCAAUUAAAUAAAACGCACACCUUUCAUUUAGAUUCUUGCAACUGUAUCAUAUGUAAUAGUAUCACUUUUUCUACAUUUUGGUCAAAUAAAUUUUUACAUAAACUA